AUGGAUAUCAAAGCGAUCACCAGUGUGUUAUUUCUUUUGAUUAUUGUUGAUGUUGAUGGAGCUUGGAGCAUUUCCAAAGAAGAAGACAUGGAAUUGGAAAAACAAUUGAAGAUCCUGAAUAAGCCUGCUAUUAAAACCAUUAGAACAGAUUCUGGUCAAAUCUUCGAUUGUGUGGACAUUCACAAACAACCGUCUUUGGAUCAUCCUUUGCUUAAAAAUCAUAAAGUUCAGUCUGCAAAGCUUGCUGCAAAUGACAAGCAAAUAUAUGGAGUGGCGAGCAUAUUGAAUGUAUAUAAACCUACACUUCUAUCUCCAGACCAAGUUAGUGGCUCUAUGAUUUAUCUCUCCACUGGCUUUGGUGAUGACUCCAAGAGUGUUGUAAGUGUAGGAUGGGCGGUGAUGCCUCCGGUCUAUCGCGACAAUUUCACUCAUUUAUUUGCAUAUUGGACUGCAGAUAAUAGUAAGACCACGGGUUGUUAUGAUAUUCUUUGCCCAGGAUUUGUACAACAAAGCCAUGAAUUUGCCUUGGGUCGAACAUUUCCCGGCUCUAACUACAAUGGCUCACAAAUAGACAUUAAAGUUCUUGUAUCCAAGGAUUCCAAAUCAGGUGAUUGGUAUCUAAGGGUAAAUGGCGCAAGUGUUGGGUACUGGCCUAAAGAGCUCUUCAGAGGAGCAUUUGAGGUUGCCAAAGAGGUAAACUGGGGGGGAGAAAUAUUCAGCCCAAGGCAGCCUUGUCCGCCCAUGGGGAGUGGCCAUUUUGAGUCGGAAGGUAUCGGUGGGGCAUGCUACAUAAGUGGUAUGCGGUAUCAAACUGCCGCUGGAGGGUAUUUUGAAGACAUUGACCCUGAACUUCAGGCUCUUGUGGACAGUCCUCACUGCUAUAACGUUUCCAUGCCCAGUUAUCUUAGUGAAAUCACUGGUUAUACAUUUUUAUUUGGGGGUCCUGGUGGCCAAUGUUGA